AAACAAGUGGUUUUAUUUCAGAGAAUAGACUUUACAACAUAUUUUUAAAAAGCGAUUUUAGAUUUUAUUUUAAUUCGGGUUUCUUGGUAACUCUCCAGAACAGCAGGUGGCGGUAAUGCCGAACCUUUAACAAAAAGCAGAAGUGGGCGGAACACCGAGGUGGAACUGGACCUUGGACCUUAAAAGGUGAUUUAUGAAUCCGAACCGCUGCACCUGAGCUCGGCUGCUUCCUUCGCAUAAAGAGGCUCCUUGUUCCUCCCAGAGACGGAACCAGCAGCGUCCAGGAGCCGCUGAGGACACAGAGACAGAGGGACAGACAGGGAUCCCGCUCGAUUUCACACAGCAUUAUGUCUAUUAUUCUUGCUCGUCAUGUCCUUCUCAACCAAAAAGAUCUCUGUUCUGGACCAAAGGGGUGUGAGAGCAGAGCAACCAGAACAAAUAAAAGAAGAAGAGUAUGGAUCAGAACCUGUGGAGAUUGUAAAGAGAAAAGACCACAUAGUACUGAAGCAAGAGACGGACAGCUUAAUGGGAACAGUUUCUAAAUCUCCUGAAAUAAAAGAAGAACCAGAGGAACUAGAACUGAAACAAAUGAAGAAAGAUGAUCGUGAAUCAGAAUCUGAACAGAUGGUAAAGAUUGAGGUUGAAGGCAUCAGUGAAGAUGAAAACCUGAAUGCGCUGAAACAGAAGACUAAUACAGUAAUAGAAGCAGAAUCACUUGAAAUUAAAGAGGAACUAGAAGAACCAGAACCUAAACAUGUGAAGGAAAAUAGGCAUGGAUCAGGACCUCUGCGGAUGACAAAGAAAGAGGCUUAUGGCAUCAGCAAAGAUAAAGAACAGGAUGUUCUGAAGCAGGAGACUGAUACCUUAAUUCUAACAGCUUCUGCUGAUGAAACAGACCAACAACGGGAAUUAAAUGGAAACCAAAUAGUAUUUAAACAUUUCUCGAAAGCAAAGCAUCAUCAGGAAAUAAAGACUUACGAAGCCUCAAGAUCCAGCACAGACGAACAGCGACAGAAGAGAGCUCAGGAGACCACAGGUCAAAGGGACAACUUAGAAAAAGGAAUGAAGGGCAAGAAAGAUCACAUAGUAAAAAAAUGUAAACAGUGUAAUGUGUGUAGUAAAAGUUUCAAAUUCAGUUGUGAUUUAACAAUUCAUAUGAGAACUCACACGGGUGAGAGGUCCUUCUCAUGUAUAACCUGUGGAAAGAGUUUCAUUCGAAAAAGUCACUUAUCUCGUCAUCAGAGAGCUCAUACAGGUGAGAAACCUUUCUCAUGUUUAACCUGUGGAAAGAGUUUCAGUGAACGAACCAGUUUGAUUAUCCACAUGAGAAGUCACACAGGUGAGAAACCUUUCUCGUGUUUAACCUGUGGAAAGGUUUUCAGUUGCAAAAGUCACUUAAAUAAUCACAUGAGAACUCAUUCAGGAGAGAAACCGUUCUCAUGUAUAACCUGUGGAAAAGAUUUUGGUCAUAAAUGUAGUUUGAAUAAACACAUGAGAGCUCAUACAGGAGAGAAGCCUUUCUCAUGUGUAACCUGUGGAAAAGGUUUCAGUAACAAAAUGAGUUUGAAUAGCCACAUGAAAACUCAUACAGUUGCUAAACAAUUUUCUAGUGAGGAGCAAAACUAUACUUCGAAAGAUCAAACUCUAACUGAAGAUGCUUUAACUCAAACAGAUAAGACACCUUUCAUCUGUGUGAGCUGUGGAAAAGUCUUUACUCUCAAAAGUACAUUGACUCACCAUAUGAAAAUUCACACAGGAGAGAAGCCUUUUCUUUGUGUUACCUGCGGAACAUCUUUCAGGCAUAACUGUGAAUUAACUAGCCACAUGAGGAUACACACAGGUGAAAAACCUUUCUAUUGCAUUACCUGUGGAAACUCUUUCAGUCGAAGAAGUCAAUUGAAUUCUCAUUUAAGAAUUCACACUGGUGAGAAACCAUUUCCAUGUAUGACAUGUGGAAAAAGUUUUUCUCAACCAAUUACUUUGAAAAGACACAUAAGAUGUCAUACAGGUGAGAGGCCUUUCUCGUGCAUAAUGUGUAAGAAAAGUUUUAGUUUAAAAAAUCAUUUGAAAACACACAUGAGAACUCACACAGGAGAGAAGCCUUUUUCAUGUAUAACUUGUGGAAAAGCUUUCAGUCAUAAAUGUAGUUUGACUAACCAUGUUAGAACUCACACAAAAUAAAAACCAUUCCAAUGUCAUACUUGUGGUAAAGGUGUCUGUUGCUGUGGUUUCCAUUUUGUAACUUUAUAAACUUAUUUCAAAGCAGCAGAUUAAAGUACCCCAUUAGAACUCCACACAAGUAAGAUGUUUUCUUUUUUGAGUGUUGUCACUAUGAAUUCACUGGCAAUUUAAGUUCACUCACUAUUAGAUGGCUUUGCUUUGGGGAAACUAUGGUUUAAUAAAGGGAAAUCUUUGAAUAAUUCAU